UUCUAUCCGUGCUUCUUCGGCAGAGUUUUCUUUUCAAUGCUUGUUUGUAGGCUUGUUUGUUCCCAUCUCGAAGUAAUUUCGGAGGGUUUAUAGAGUAGAAGGGCUAUGGUAAUUUUCAAAUGUAUGCAAUGUGCCCUCUGUACGCUAUUCUUCUGCAAGCGACAGCUGUAACAGGGCGUUUACGCGCUUUACUUGCUGUGUAAAUGCAACGUUCGAGACCUUUCACAGUUGUGCAGAUAGAAAGAGAGAAACGUUGAUCACAUCAUAAGCAAGGUCAAGCUGCAGUAAGCAUCCAACAUGACGCUGAGGUUGCUAGAGAAGGACGUUGAUUUGCAGGAGUCCAGGGAUCAUGAAGUGGAGAUGUGCCAGACUCUGACACUACAGGUAGAACAUCUCCAGAAGAGACUUGAGAAGAAGGACAACAAACUCACUGAGGCAAACAAGGUGAUCAGAGCACUGAGGGAUGAGGUGCAGACACUGCAGCAACAGCUGGAGCAGCACAGACGCAAGUACGAUGACUUAAUUGGACAGACGAACCGGCAGUGUCACUGUGGAAGAGGAAAUGACGUCACUGUGUCGGAACCGGCAUGUGUGGAACCGUGUGUGCAGACAGGAACUGUUCCAUCAGACUGUCGUCCCAGUGAACCAGAGCCUGGUUCCUCAGAUGUAGGAACGUCACAUCAGGAGCAGGAUAUUACAUCACAGGAUGUUGCAUCAUCGCAGAGCCAACGUCCAGAAACCAGCAUUAAAACUGAGGGUUGUGGGAUCCCAUCAAACGUCUUCCUGUCCUGUACCGCAGCUGAGGACGACCCAGCAAACAUUCCACUGUCUCCUGGUGAUGACAUGCUGACAUCGCCACAGGAAAUAGAGGAGGACCCAGCACAUGUUCCGCUGUCUCCUGGUGAUGACAUGCUGACAUUACUACAGAAACUGGAGGACGAGCCUGCAGACGUUUCACUGUUUCUUGGGGGCGACAUGCUGACAUCAUCACAGCAACUUGAGGAUGACCAAGCAGACGUUCCACUGUCUCCUGGUGAUGGCACACUCCGUACAGUGAAAUCACAGCAGGAGCUGAAACUGCCCGUGCUGUCAGUCAAGUUACAAGACUGCCGUGCAAUGCUGGGGCCUGAUGGAGUCUAUAUGAUGAACAUUGAAGAGGAUCUCAGCGAUGAGGAUGACAAUGAUUACAGCGAUGAUGACAGCGAUUACGACCCAAAAGAUGCUGACUUCACUGAGUCUAAGGGGGAACACAAGAGGCAGAGCAAAGGAGCCAGCAGCGUCAAGGCAAAAACGACUUAUCGGUACGCCAACCGUCACAAGUGUUCAGAAUGUGGGAAGGCAUUUUCAUUUCCAAACCAGCUGUCUAUUCACCAAAGAGUACAUGCCAGGAAAAAGCCAUCCACUGCUGCUCCAUGUGAAAACACGUCCACAGAUUCUCCACAUGGAAAUGUAUCUACUGACUCGCCCAACACUGGACUUCUUCUGGACGAAGAUGGUGCAAAUGCAACGCCUGAGCCCUGCAAUGAGAGCCUCACUGCACACGCAGGAGAAAAGUCUCGUGCUUGCCCCCAGUGUGAUCAGACUUUCUCACUGAUAAAACACCUGCAUUCACACCAAAGACAGCAGCAUAAAACAUCGCCUUUUGAAUGUGAUGUCUGUGGGAAAGUUCUUUCUGCCCAAAACAGCCUCAAAGUUCACAAAAGACUGCACACAGGUGAAAGGCCUCAUGCCUGCAAACAUUGCGACAAAACCUUCGUAAAUUUAAGUGGUCUCAUUCGACACCACAAAGCUCAUCCACAGGAGUCAGAUGUAAAAAGAAAAAAGUCUACAAAAGGGAAGGAAAAAAGUGAAAACUGCUUUGAAUGUGACCUAUGUGGGAAAAUAGUUUCAUCCCAGGCAUGUCUAGUCAAUCAUAGAAGAAUUCACACAAGAGAAAGGUCUUAUGUCUGCAAACAUUGUGACAAAACGUUUCAACAAAAGGCUAGUCUCAGUGAACACAUAAAACUGCACACAGGUGAAAGGCCUUUUGCUUGCACUCAGUGUGGGAAAACCUUCACACAUCAUAUGAGUUUGACUCUUCAUCAAAGAUAUCAUACACAGGAAAGACCUUACAAGUGUUCACUCUGCCCCAAGGCAUUCGCACACUCAUCACACUUAAAAAUACACGUCAGAAGACAUACAGGAGAAAAACCCUACGCUUGUACUAAGUGCUCCAAGACCUUCCAUACUACAACUGAACGGAAUAGUCAUGAAGUUACUCACACACAGGAGAAACCUUUCUUAUGUCUGGUGUGUGGGUUGAUAUUCAAGCAUCAAGCCUCGCUUCACUCUCAUGAGUCUAUUCACACAGGAGUGAAGCCAUAUUCUUGUACAUACUGUGAGAAGACUUUCCAAUGUAAAAGCACACUUAAAAAACACAUUACAAUCCACUCAGAAGAGAAACCAUUUAAAUGCUCCCUGUGCGAUCUCCGUUUUUCUCGAAGGGACAUGCUCAAACGUCAUCAGGUUCGACACACGGGUGAAAGGCCCUACCUUUGCUCGGUUUGCGGGAAGACCUUCAGCUACAGAGACGCACUGAGGACCCAUCAGACACUUCACACUGGAGAGAAACCAUAUCUAUGCACCAUCUGUGGGGAGGGAUUUCCCAACCGACAAGCUCGACAGUCACACAGGAAAAAUGUGCACAACAUGGAGCAGUCCCAUAAGUGUCAACAAUGUGGGCAGAGUUUUAAAUCUGCUAAAGCUUUGAAAUCCCAUGACUGUUCAUAUGGUGUGAAUAGCACCUCCGUAAAUGGGGAGGUGGCUACAGCCCAGCCCAGUUCUGGAGAGCAUUAACCCAAACUCCAAAUUCAAGUCGGAAAACCACAGCGAGCCAGUCUCUUUAUUUAAAUAGUCUAUGGGGUGAUAAUGCAUGUAAAAACUACAAUAAUUACCAUUGUCUGUCAUUUCGGGAGAUUUCUGAUAAUAAGCACAUUAAAAAAAAAAAAUGUUGUCUUUAUGAUCAUAAGAUGAGUUUGAACAAUUCCUUUCGCAGAGAAGACGACGAAUGGCCCGGUGGGCAGGUACGCUGCUUAAUAUGUGGUCACGCUGGGUUCAAGUCUUGCAUGGCGACAUGUUAUAGAAAUGAAAACUUCAUAACAUACAUUUCCUGCUGAAUUCAGCGCCAAUGAUGGAAUGAUCCCCAGGUCAUGCACAUUUGUAUGAGAGAGAGGGUGUGAUCUAAGGACCCCAAUACCCUAUAUCAGGUGUGAAUAAUUAUUAGGCAUCUUUUUUUUUACCUCUGGGAAAUGGGUCAUAAAAUAGAUCUAACAAAUUUUAAAUUGUCUAUAGGCUAUUGGUCUCCUUAGAUCACACCUAGCCUAGUAAACUAGCCCCACCCGCAGCGGCCAAAAUUAUUUUAGCCUGCGAGUGGGUCUAGCCUCGGACAAUGCCCCAGGCCCUGAAAGUGCCGGGCCAAUCACAACGCAGGAGAUUCGUUUUUACAUUACAUUACAUUACAUUACACUUAGCUGAUGCUUUUUUUUAAUCCAAAGCGACUUACAGAUAUUUACGGGGUUUUGAUUACAGUCCUUGGAGCAAUGUGGGUAGUACAGCCAUGGAGUGAGGAAAGGAGUGGAAGGGUGGGAUUUCAACUUGCAACCAUCUGAUCUAAAGCCCAUCUCCUUACCCAUUAGGCCACGGCUAUGAAUCUUUUGAUGCAAAAGCGACGGGGUUUUGAGGGUGUGACGACAAAGUGUUGGCCAAUAGGCCCAGACACGUUUUGAAAAACAACGGGUUGUUCCCAUCAACAAUCUUCCGAUGUCUCAUCGACCGGGGCCAGACUAACUAUCCACAUCUCACAUUUAGUCUGGCUUGCCAGGCUAGAUCACACCCUCUCUCUGAUACAAAUGUGCAUGACUUGGAAUGCUUUAAUGCAAUAGGAUUUCAAGUUCAUACAUGUUGGCGUAUGAGAUUAAAUAUAAAAUGGAUGAUCUGGUCAAAAAACCUUUCUGCACCCUGUGUACAUUACAUUACAGGGUUUUUUUCCACACUAUUUUUCUUUUUCUUUUGACAUGCUAGGCCACAUAUGUAAAAUAUAUAAAAGGAAUAAAACUCCAUACAAUGCUGGAUA